AUGGCAUCUGCACAUGCAUUAGCUCAUUCACUCCUGUUCUUAGUGUUAAAAACUCGCCUGUCCUCAGCUGCUACAGUGAAGGAUUCGAGUCCUCACCGGAUCGUCACUAGGCUCAUUCACCGAGAUUCGCUCCUGUCUCCAUACUACAACCUGAACGACACCGUCACCGAUCGCGCCAUGCGGAUCGUGCAGAGCUCGACCACAAGAUUGGCCUACUUCGAAGCCAAAGUCCUCGAGACAAACGUUCAUCAGCUCAACCUUGUCCCGUCCUUCCCUGAGCUGUUUGUCAACUUCUCACUGGGCCAUCCUCCCGUUCGGCAACUCGCGGUCAUGGACACGGGAAGCAAUCUCUUGUGGGUCCGAUGCGCUCCGUGCAGGAAUUGCCACGGACAAACCUCUCCGAUGCUCGACCCGCUCAGGUCGUCCACAUACUCCAGCGUGUCCUGCAGAACUCCCUACUGCAGCCAUGCCCCGGGCGGUAAAUGCGACGAACGGUCCGACCGGUGCAUCUACAACCAGACAUACUACGAUGGUCCCUCAUCAAGAGGAGUGCUUUCCAAGGAUCAGCUCACAUUCGAAACAUGGGAUGACGGGGCAAUCACCGUGCCCGAUGUGGUAUUCGGAUGCGGCCAUGAAAACGGGAAAUUCAAGGACGGGAGGAUCACAGGCAUCUUGGGGCUCGGCGCCCGGAUGAUAUCCUUAGCAUCGAGGCUCGGCUCGCGAUUUUCUUAUUGCAUCGGCAAUCUGAUGGACCCGAGCUACGCGUACAACCACUUGAUCUUAGGCGAAGGAGCCAUAUUCGAGGGCUACUCGACCCCUCUCGAAGUUGUGAACGGACUCUACUAUGUCACGCUCGAAGGCAUAAGCAUAGGCCAGAAAAGGCUCGACAUCGACCGCAAUGCCUUCAGAAGGACCAGGCGAUACGACGGGGUGGUCAUCGACUCGGGGUCGCCGAUGACCUGGCUGGUCGAGGGAGCGGCCCAAGCGGUCCACAGCGAGGUGAGGAGCCUGCUGGACAGGGUCCUAGAACGAGUCCCGAGCGGGCCGUCGUCGCCGUCGCCGCUGUGCUACAGGGGCACGGUGGGGCGGGACCUGAUCGGGUUCCCCGCGAUGACGCUGCACUUCGCGGGCGGGGCCGACCUCGGGCUGGACGCGGCGAGCAUGUUCUACCAGGCGAGGGGCGACACGUUCUGCGCCGCGGUGGUCCGGAGCGACGUGGCGGGGCUGUCCAUAGUCGGGCUGAUGGCGCAGCAGUAUUACAACAUGGCCUACGACGUUGCAGGGAAGAAGCUGUCGUUCCAGAGGAUUGACUGUGCACUUCUUGAUGAGUAG